AUGCACUUGAAUUUUCACAAACCUUCUGGAGGUUCAAAGAGUCUUGGGAAGUCUCCUACAACGUCUAGUGGAAGUACCCCAUCUGACGAUCCCCCAUCUUAUGAUUUCACAGUAUCUUCUACGACAUCAAGCGGUUCAAUAACUAACGCAUCCUCGCCAAUACGGAGACCUAAUUCAAGUUUGAUUUCAAGAGGAAGCCCAUCAAAGAAUCAAAAACAACAAAAAAAUGUUCCCUAUAGACCAUCCGAUGAUUUGAAAAACUAUAGCAAGAUCCUUAGCAAUUCCAAUGAAACAAACUUAUUAUCUCCUGCUAGCUCCAACACCCAAACUGAGUAUUUUGAUGUCCUACCAUCAUUUCAAAUGUUUCAAUCGAUCUUGAAAAGAGACGAUUCCCAAUUCAGUGAAAAUUUAUCAGUGAACCCUCCUAUAUAUGGGGAUGUUACUAACUCAUCACCGACUCCCCCAAGCGGAUUAUCGCCAAUAUCAUCCAAUAGAGAUAAUAAUCUAGAUUCUAUGAUGGAGAAUGUUAGUGAAAGGAUUAAUGAGUAUGCGUUAGAUAACAAUGAUGAAGAAGAGAACUAUUUCUUUGGUGGGGAUGAAAAUGAUACUAAUCAAGCCAAUGAACAUUUAAUAAACGAGGAGAAUACACCAGUCGCAACUAAUGAUACAUACGGUGAAACGGUAUUAGAUAACAUAGACAAAUUGCCAAAAUUAAACAAUUCUCCAAUAGAUAUCCAAGUUUAUGUAACCAAAAGAGUACCACAACCUAAUCUACCAAAUGAUUUAGAAACUAGAUUGAAAAUGUAUUCUAGUGGUGAUUUGGUAAAUGGAUAUAUUAUAAUUACAAAUACGUCAGAUGAGCCGGUUGAUUUUGGUUUAUUUGUAGUAACAUUGGAUGGUACUAUAAAGACAACUCAUUCAAACCCCAAUGCUAAUCCUGCGGAUAUACACAAAUAUGAUAAAGUUUUAAUAAAAAAGUUCUUGAAGAUGUAUGAUCUCAAUGCUUCUUAUGGAUAUACUCAGAUUCCCAAUAGUGCAGGGAUUGAAUAUGAAGCUUUCACUAAGGACCUUCACGAUGGCUGUGAACUUGGAUUACCAAACGAAAGAGUUUUGAGGCCUCAUACUAAGUAUAAAAAAUUUUUUACGUUUAAAUUUCCUCACAAGCUUUUGGAUAACAAUUGCAUUCACGAUGUGUUGCCUCAUAUAUUACCACCUCCAUCGAUGGGAUUAGAUAAAACCUGUUUUUAUAAUAGGGGUGGUACUAUUGUACUUAAUAAGGCGUUAGGAUACGGAUUUCUAAAUGUGAGAGGCACUCCUUUGUUAACCAAAGACUACAGUUUUGAUAAUAUUAGUGUAAGUUAUACAAUUGAAGCCAAGUUCAUAGAUAAGUUGAAUGCUAAGAAUCAAAAAGAUCCCUUAUCGCAGCAUGAGAUUAACGACCCAAAUUCACAGGCUGACUACGUUAUCUCAAAGCACAGUCAAUAUUUCUUGAGGUUUGUACCAGAUUUCAAGGAAAAAUUUAAAUAUUACAAUGAAGGUUUUCAAUAUGGUACUGAGACAUUUGGAGCAAUAGGAAUUGAUGGAAAAUUAUUCGAAAGUUACCUUCAUUUGAGUACCUGGAGACAAAUCUACGAAUUGAAUUAUAAUAUAGAAAAGGAAAUAGACUCGAAGUUGGCGCGAGAGGAAUUCAAAGACGAUGAUGUGAAAAAGAAGAACUUAUCAAUCGAUCGUACAGUUACCAACUCAAACCUAUAUUACUUGAAUAUUAAAGAGCAUUAUUUACAGAAAGAUUGUUCCCAAGCUGAACUUGAUGAAGAGCAACAAUUUCGAGAUGAAAAGAUGAUUGGAUCGAAAGUUCCAGUUACGAUAUAUGGGAAAAAGAAAAAAAAGAUUUUGUCAUCGUUAGUUAGAAUCGGAGAACUGAGCUUGUAUGUUAGAGUACCUCAUAAGGUUGUUCCUUACACUUCACCAAAAUUAUUAAUGAAAUAUAACAAUGACAAUUCUGAUGAUUUUAUAUCUGGAGCAGCAUUACGUUCGGUAGCUUCAGCAUCGUCUAUAUCUGACAAAAUCAAGUUGGCUCCAACCAAAUCAAAUGAUCUAGCUCCAAGAAUAUCUGCAGCGUCUACAACUAGUAUUAGUGAUCUCUACAAUAGAAGUGCAUCGGACGUGCUUAACUCGGUUGACAUAGUAUUGUCGUUUGUACCUUUUGAUAAUGCUACGAAACCUCCGCAGAUAGACAGUAUAGAGACUAACCUUGUGUUUUGGACAUACAAUGCUGAAUUUCCUUUACCUGUGAUACUUGAGUACGACUUCUUUUAUACAAAUCCCGAUGAAAGUAAAAGUAAACUACUAGAUGAUGUUGAAAUUACCAGGAAUAAUUUGCAAUCUUUAAAAGAUCAAGUUUAUAAUUAUAUUCAAUUCUUACAGGCUAACAAAAUUUACAUUUCGAAGACAUCUUAUUUAUAUUUAAAGUCAAUGAAAACUUUAGGAAUCAAGAAGGACACAGUCAAAGAGUACUUCAAGACUCUUACACAUUCAACCAAUCCAGAGUUAUUGAAUAAUGAACAAGAUUGGAAAGCUAAGCAAUUGCCAAAUAAGAAAAUUAAAUGGGAAAGAAAGCUUACGGUACCAUUAACUACUAUUAAUAAGAAUAAUAUAAAUUUAAUACCCAGCUUUCAGAGUUGUUUGGUCGGAAGAAUAUAUUGCUUACAAGUUCUUGUCAAAUAUAAAGGAAGUGGUGGUGAUCAAGAUGAGUUCGCAGAUAAUAUAGUGAAGGUCGAUGUUCCAAUUCUUGUUGGCUGA